GGCCAUCUCAUGGAGGGCAUUCAGACGAAAUGGUUUGGAGAUUGAGAUGACAGGGUCUAACUGUGAUCCGUCAUCCACCCUUCCCAGACGGCAAGAUGUCAGACAGCACGUUACAGUCAUGGGAAUAUCUGGAGACGCUUCCAGGCACCCAGUUCUACCGACUGUACAGAAGUCCAGCAUCUGCCCUCGCCAUCUUCAGAAAACGCCUGUCUAGCCUGGCAAAGUCGUUUGUCAUGAUGCUUCUCUACAUACCGCGGCCGAUGCCAGUCAAGCAGCUGGAAAUGUUUGUCAAGGACACCAGCCGUGGUGAACGAGAGCACGCCCUUGACCUGCUUCAUCGCUAUCACAUUUUUCGAGAUGUCACUUUCAACUCAACAAAAGCCUAUAGCUUGACUCAAGACUUUGCGAGGUCGCUCCGGCGGGCGUUGACUGGUGCAGCUGAUAGCAAAUCAUUCGGGCAAGUCGCCAAUGUGCCCGAAAGUCAAAAGGUCACCAUACAAGACCUUGACGAAUACUCGCGUCAAAGAUGGGAAGGUAUACUAGGUUACAUGGUGGGCUCACCGGCCAAUGCCCUCGACACAGAGCAGGCAGCUAUCCAACCCUCCUCAGGAGUUAUUGAACUCCUCAAAGCUGGCCAUCUCAUCGAAGUCUCGGGCACGUAUAGCCGGGGUCAAGCGGCCAAAAUCACCAAAGAGGGGUUCGCUUUUGUGCUCCAAGAUAUCAAUACGCAAAUCUGGGCUCUGCUCUUCUUAUAUGUCGACAAUGCAGAGGUCUUUGAAAUGGACAAGGUCGACGUCCUAUCGUUCCUUUUCUUGGUGUCAUCGCUGGAGCUUGGACUGGCUUACUCAACUUCGGCGCUCGACGAAACCCAACAACGGUGCCUCUCUGAUCUCGUUUCCUUCGGAAUUGUCUUUCAGCCUACUCGCAAUGAUGGCUCUCCAGUGGACUACUUCUAUCCAACUCGCCUUGCCACGACCCUGACAUCUGACUCGAGCACAACUCUCUCAGCGACGAAUACCACUAUAGGCUCGUCUCUGUCGUCGUCUGCUUCUGGUGCGGCGAAAGGUUUCAUCAUCGUCGAGACAAACUAUCGUCUUUACGCCUACACCUCCUCGCCCCUCCAGAUUGCCUUGCUGUCACUAUUCGUCAAUCUCCGCUCGCGCCACCCGAACCUUGUCGCUGGCAAAAUGAGCAAGGCUUCCGUUCAACGUGCGGUACAAGCUGGAAUUACCGCCGAGCAGAUAAUUUCCUACCUCACCGCUCAUGCUCACCCGCAGAUGCGGCGACACGCACAGGCCGAGCAAGCACAACUUCAAGCUCGCAGCACCGACCAGGGGCGCGUGGUCCCUGUUUUGCCAGCCACAAUCCUAGACCAGAUUCAUCUUUGGCAGUUGGAACGUGAUAGAAUGACCACAACAGCUGGUUUUCUGUUGAAAGAUUUCUCGAACAAUGCUGACUAUGAAGCCCCAUGCCGAUAUGCUGACGAAACUGGGGUCUUGGUCUGGAAGAAUGAUAAAAAGCGCAUGUUCUUCGUGAAUCGCAUCGAAGGUGUACGACAAUUCAUGGCGGAUAGGAAAGCCAACGCUCAAGGAUGACUGAUGUCUAUCACAGCAGCUCGCUCACGUCCUUAUUGUGAAUCCCUGCAGUAGUCCAAUCUGCUCAAGGACGAAUGGCACAUUCCAAACAGCUACUCAAUCGAAUCCUCUGAACAUGAUCCCAGCAAACCAAUAGUCCAGCCUCGGUCCAUCGAGAAGACAGCGCGCAUAAAGCACAUUAGGCUCAAUGGUCUUCGAUCUUGUGUUCCUCAGACAAAUACCGGACUGAGUCAGACAGAACAACCUGGAAACAAACAAAGGACAAUUCCAUGCGGCUUAGCUGCGGCUCUCGUGUUUGUUCUGCGACCAGUGCCGAGACAUAUCGACAGCACCUCUCAACAAUACUAUUCUGAAUAGACACUGGUAUUGCUGUACACCUCUUCCAGGGACCAAAUACCGACGGCCAGCAAGACGCAAUAAGCCAGAGCACACUUCCUGAUAUCAUUGUUCGCUCGAUUGAACGUCUUUUCCCACUCAGACUCACUCCCUACAAUUGUCCUGUCAGAGGCCGUUCCAAAAGCACCCAAGUGCGCCCACGCCCUGAGACUUCUCUUGUGUAAAAGAUCUAUCCCUCAGUCGACUUAAUCACUACAUCAGCCUGCUUUCACGACAACCUCUCCACGCAUUUCGACGACUAGUGGAGGAGAUAGACUGGACAUUGUCUUUUGUCGAUCUCUGGACUACGCAAAACACCUAGCGUCUGACACAAUAAGAAGCCCAGCAUGAAUGAACA